ACUGACCCCAACCCCCACAGGGGAGGGUUGAGUAGGUUCCCCAGGUCUCCGGGAGAGCAGGGAGAUAGUGUCAUCCCCUCGUCCUCCAUGGGGGGGUUCGAGGACUAAAGAUGCUUGACUGCUGACCUGCCAUGCCCCCCCAUUGACUGCCAUGUCUGUGGCCCCCGAUGGCAUUGCUAGAUCUGUAAUGCCUCUACAUUGAAAAAGACACCCAGCCACAGUUCUGCCCCUGUCCACUCUUGUCUCUGGCCACCAGCGGCCAGCGAACCACACAGCCUCAGUUGCUCUAACUCACCUGCCAAGAGGGGAUACUCCAUGCCCGUGUCGCUGCUCCACAGCUUUGGAGACAUCUGUGCCAGCCCCUAGGUGGAGUGGGACUAAUUCUAGUUGACCCUGCAGUGCCAGAAGUUAGCACCCAAGACUGUUAAUUGACUGAGGAUCUAAGAAGAAAACUUCUCUGAAAAACAAUGGGAUGGAAUAAGAAAAGGGUGGCAGAGGAACCCCUGCCUCUUGAAGAAGCAUCCCGCCAUUCAGAGACCACCUUUGGCCAUUUGGCUCCAGCCCAAAAGGAAGUCAUCACAAUCAAUAUCCAUGGGGCUGUCAACCUCCCUGCUCGCAAGGAUGGCUCAAAACCCUUGCCCUUUGUGAUAGCGAAAACCACUUCACAGGAAGAAAAACACCUGGAAUCUGCAGCUGUCACUUCAACUACCUGGGAGCCCACAAAGAGCCCCACUUGGGAGACGACAGUCAAGCUGGAGACCCAAACUUCAGAUGUGGGUCGUGAAGAUGUAAUCUUGUCGGUACUUGACAGCAAAACUCGAGAUGUGCUAGCUACCUACAGGAUUCCCAUCAAGUACCUCCGUCCUUUUCAUCCCUACCAUUUUGAGCUGACAAUGGCUCACAAGCAUGGUUUGGCCAAAUUGUAUGCUUCAGUCACUCGGGAAAGCAGUUUCAUGCCCCGAUACAUUGGAUGCACUCACACAGCCUUAGAGGUCUUUCUUGGGGGGGUCAAUGAAACCCUUGCCAAUCCCUUUGGCCCCCUCAUGGUCGUUGCCCGUGUCAUUCCCAACUAUAAGGAGUUCAAGGAGACUACGUUGAACAAAGACACUUUAUCUAUGGGACUGCCUUUGAGAACUGUCAACUUUCCAAACCCCUCAGUGUUGUCUUUUGAUGUUCCUCGGACCAAUGUGCAAGGAUAUCCCCAGAUAUCUAAGCCUGGUGGGCCUGCCAAACAGCCUGAAUGGAAUACUUCCUUCCUUUACCAAGGCCGGAAUGGGUGUACACAGUUCAAUGAUAAUAUGGCCCUGUUGCUGGAGUAUUAUCCUAUGACCACAAUGCCUGCAAAAGACUCAUGGAAUCUUACGGAGCCGUUGGGCAUCUCUGUGGUUCCACUCAACAACCGAAUCUACCGAAAAAUGAUGUCAGGAUCAAAGACUGCCCUACAUGUGAAGAAGCUCCCCAUCAAGAGAACUAAACUGAAAACGAUAUCAGGUGGAACGCCUACUGUUAACUUAUCCAUCCAAGUGCUUUCCUCAGAGAGGCCAGACAACUUUUUUACUCCCAGCAAUUGCCAAGAGAUUCCUGUACUGAACCCUGCACUCCUUGAUGCUGAUCUUGGCACUAUCCGUGAAUCAUGGUCCAAGGAUUGUGUAAGCUCAGAUCCAGAACCAGAGCCAGAGCCAGAACCAGAGCCCGAGCCGGAGCCCGAGCCCGAGCCUGAGGCAGAUGCAGAAGCAGAAGCAGAGCCAGAGCCAGAGCCAGAGUCCGAGUCACAACAAAAGCCAGAGUCUGACGACGAGCCAGAGCUAGAGCUAAUACCUGAACCCCAGGCUAAGUCCAAGGCCCAGGCCACACCUAUGCAGUGCUUUGUGGACAAAUGCCUUUCUGUACCCUCGCUUGAUGAUUGGAAACCUCAGGAACUUUCCCAGGAAACAAUGAGGAAAAUGAGGCAGAGAGAAGCGAAAAAUGCAGACAGGCCAAAAGAAUGGGACCCCAGCGCUUCUGACUAUCUAGAAGAUAUUCAACCACCUGGGCCAUAUCCGAAGGCUAUGUACAAGAUCUCAGCAAAACCUCAGCCCUCCAGGAUGUGGCCCCGUGAAGAGAUAGCUGAGAUCUCCCAACCAGCCCAAUGGAAGGCGCAUCUAUAUAGCAGUCUUUAUGAAUCGGACCACUCAGACUCUCAAGACCAUGACUUACAGGCAGAGCAAGAGAAACCAAAUACAAUGUUAAUUUCCUGGAAAGAAAUGGACACUUACCAAAAGGCCAUGGCAAAGAUGGCCAAUGACAUUCUGAGUCUACGUAAUAAAGUGAGCACGCUGGAGACAGAAAAUAACAAUCUACGGCAUCAGGUGUCCACACAGGAGCGAAUGGGUAAUACUUCUGAAGAAGAAGAAGAAAUAAUAGGAAACAUGAAGCAAAAACUUUCCCAGAGCAGCACAGAGAUGAGAAGGUUGAAAGAUAGGGUACAACAGCUGCAGAAUGAGUUAAUUCGGAAAAAUGAUCGGGAGAAGGACUUGUUGCUAAUGCAACAAUCUCACCAUCAACAGCAGCAAAAUCUGAGAAGGUAUCAGGACAAGUUGCAGAAAAUGAAGAGUCUGGAACAAACUGUGAAGAACCAGGAGAAGGUCAUUCAAACAAUGGAGAAGAUCUUAGAAGAUAAACUAAAUAGGUCUAGCAAAGAAAGAGAGAGGGAAAGAGAAAUAUCUGAAACAGCAUCACCAAUGGGGCGGCCUCUGGGAAAGCAUUCCAGUGGCCCCAUGGGAGAGAAUGUUCCCUUUGACUUUUACUCCAUUUUGAUGUCCGAGAAUGCCAGGCUGCGAAGUGAGUUGGAUAAAACCCGCCACCAGUCUUCCCCCAUCAUCCUGCAGCAGCAAGCCCUGCCGGACUUCCUCUCUGGUACCUCGGACAAACUCAAUCUUAUGGCCAAAUUGGAGAGCGCUCAAAAUCGUAUUCGGACUUUGGAGAGCGAGCUGGAAGACUCAGCACGGCGCUGGGGCCAAGAAAAGCAAGACCUGAAAUCGAGGCUGAUGGAAAAGGACAAUGGUUUCAGCCCUUCCUCGACAGAAGUCCCAAUGAGGAACCAGAACUCCAGAGAAUGGAAAUGACAGACCUAGAGUCACAAAACAAAGGAAUACUACGGACAGUACGGCCACCAAGAGCCCGCAAAAACCGGAUCCGUUAUCGUUCAAUCCAGAGCCUGACCCGUAAAGGCCAAUCACAAACAGAUCUGAAAUCUACCUGAUAAAACCACAGAAACAGGCCUCCCCUCACAUUCUUCUCCUGGAAUCAGAUCCCUAACAACUUUAUUAAAUACAUAAAUCUU